AUGCUGAGAGCCUGGCUGCUUGCGGCUGUUCUCCGCAGCGUGACAGCGACAUGCUCGGUGAAUUUGCAAACCGACUCCAUGGGGGGCCCCGGCGGCUGCACUCCGGACGGGCUGGCAGCCAUGACAAACCUCGAGGAGAGGGCCAUCGUGCAGUGCUUUCACUACUGUGCGUCCAGUUACAGCAUCGCUUGGCAACAAGAGAAGGGGGCGACUGCCGCCGUGGCAACACCAGCUGCAACAACUUGUCCGACUGCAUCCCUCGUGUGCAGCCCCGUGCUACUGGGCUGCGCAAAGCCCUUCGGCGAGUUCCCAAAUGCCUGCAGUGGCAUUGUGCCACUGGUCGAGAAUAAGGCCACUUUCUUUGUGGCAUUCUAUGCAUACAGUGAAGAUGCUGGCAACGGCACAUCCCAGCAGGUCUUGGCCACACGUGUGGUGGCUGACCCCAACACGAUUUGUUCCGGAGUUUACAAAGUUGAUUCGGGCAAUUGUCUGGGCCUCAGCACCGGGGCGCCGGCCGAAGAGGGUGCCGCAGUUGCCCCACCCAUGCCACCGAACAUCCCCAACAUGCCAGCUCCGUUCCCGGCCGUGGAUCCGCAAGAGCAAACAACGACCACGUCCACCACAACCACCACCACCACCACAACCACCACCACCACCACCACGACGACCACCACCACCACCACGACCAGCCUUUUCUGGUAUGCAGUCGCAGUGGCGACGCUCGUGGUUGUUGUGGCUGGUCUUUGCUGUCGCAGAGCCCGCCUUGCCGAAGAAGAGAGGGCGCUAAGGAAUGCCCAAGAAAUUGAGAUUCAAUCCAUCUAUCGCUACUGA